CUCUUGACUGACGACAUCAGCGUGUAUGCGACGACGGCGGCAAACGGCGAGGAACCGUCCGCAGCGUGUUACUACGACAAAUUUAGGAACACGUAUUUGGGAGAUGUCUACAGCGUCAACUGGAUGCAUGACACUCGGUGCGGGAUCCCGGGUUAUGAAACGCUCCAGGACCAGUUAGAAAUCGUCAAGUCUGAGACUUACACAAGCCACGUCAUGGAGUAUGGUGACUUGAAGAUGGGGAGAAUGAAGAUUAGUGAGUUCCAAGGCGCAGAAGGUGGCCCUUUUGAAGUUUUGGCCAAGGCACCUCUGGACACAGUUCCCAGCAGAGAUCUGCCCGUUGACAUUGUCCGCCAUAAACUCAUGAAUGCGACGGACCCUCAGGUUGCACUCUCGCUGAAGCAAGAUCUGGAUCGGAUGCUGCUACUCCGUACUUUCCUCAAGGGCAAGAUGGCGGCGCUUGUGAAGUUUGUGACGCGUGGCGACGCUGAAAAGAGCGAGCUGUUGCUCAAAGUAAAGAUUCCCCUGAGGGACCACAGCUGUUACGAGCAAGCCGCAAGCCACUUCGACGCCAAAUGCUUCGAACUCUCGGCUAACCCACACUCCCUCGCGCACUUGCGCUUGCUUGUAAACAUGUGCGAAGAAAACAUUUCCAUUUAUGACAUUCGCCGAGCGAUGGACUAUAUAUGCACUCAUGAAAGAAUAGUCGGUAUAGUCUAG